UCAGUCCCUUUAAGUAGAAUAACUGCGGGGAAAGGUGUGUGAAUAUGAAGGAGGUAUAGACCGAAUCCUAAACUCUCCGUUCUCGGAGAAAAGUUUCUCCGACGAUCCUUCAGUUGCUGACAGUAUCUCCGGAACCCAACCUAACGUUACUUGAACCCAACCCAUCCUAAUAUUUUUGGACCAGAUCUAACUAAAAACUACAAUUGAACAGUGAAUACUGAAUAUGGAGUUCCGUAAAUCCUAAGAACAGUUAUGACAAAACUUCCAAAUUAGGAGUCAAGUAGGAGUUAAUAUUAAUCUACAAUCGACUUGGUUCAGAGGAAGAGAUUAAUUGGUUUAAUUCAUUACAUAUAUUGGUUAAAUCUUCUGAAAUUGUCUAAGAGAUAAGAAGGUUUCAUUGCUUAACUCCGUCCAAAAAUAAUUUGGUUUAAUUUAUGUUUAAUUUCCGAAUUAUAUCUCCCAAUUUUGGAUUAGGAAAUUGGAGCAGUGAGUGGUUAAAUCUCUUAACAUUGGAGCAAAAAUUGAUACAUCUCUCUACUUUGGAGCAGUGAGUGGUUAAAUCUCUGAACAUUGGAGCAAAGAUUGAUAAAUCUCUCAACCUUGGAGCAGAGAGUGGUUGAAUCUCUAAACAUUGGAGUAAAGGUUGAUAAAUCUCCCAACCUUAAAUCAGAAAGACAAUUGAUCGCUCAAUCUUUGAUCAGAGAGUGGUAACAUCUCCCAAUCUUGAAGUGAAGAGUGGUUAAAUCUCCAAACCUUGAAGUAGAGGGUGCCUAAAUUUCCCAAACCUGGUUACGAGUGCAUUAAUCUCCGAAUCUUGGACUAGAUAGUAAUUAAAUCUCCCAAUUACAAAGUGGAGAGUGGUUAAAUCUCCCAACCCUGCAGUGAAGAUUUGUUAGGUAGAGUGGGAGAAAAUGGAUUCCAGGAUGUCUAUGUCAGAUCUGAUGAGGAUGGAGUUCAAACAAGCUUUCGAGGAGUUCGAUAAGGACGGGAGUGGAACUAUAUCCACCAAGGAACUGUUACCGGUUAUGAGAUCAAUGGGACAAAACCCAACAGAGGAUGAGGUGCUGAACCUGGUGAUAGAGUACGACGUGAACGGAGACGGAACUAUCGACUUCGACGAGUUCCUGGAGAUGAUGAANUACAAGGCUUACAUUGAUCUAGAUAAUUCCGCGGAGCUGAAAGAAGCAUUCAAGAUAUUUGACAGGGACGGGAACGGAUAUAUAGAUGCUGUGGAACUAAAGAAGGUUGUGACCCAGUACGGAGCAAGGUUGAGCCUGGAGGAGGCGGAGGAGCUGCUCCGAGAAGCAGAUCUGGACGGAGAUGGGAAACUGGACUACAACGAGUUUGUUCAGAUGAUGCUCUGGGAUUUAGAAGAUUAAAAAUGUUAGAAUUUCAAGAAAAAAAUGUGCACUUAUAAUUUGUACAAUUGCAUUUCCAAACUUAUUUUAAGAGAAUGUGUAUCUUUUUAGUUUUUAACCAUUUUUUUUCUGUGAAAAAAGUAAAGAUAUAAAUUAAAAUUAAACAAACCAAUUAUGUGAAUCUUUGGAGUUAAGAUAUUUGCUUACAAUCUGAUAAAAACUCUUGGCUUUAUGGUCAUGAUCCCCUGUCACUUUCUAUUUGAUAAAUCUGGCUCAAAGAAAUUGUUUAUAUAAGUUUAGGUUGCUCUUUAAUUGAAAAUCAUAACAAUUAAAAACGGAAUUCUUUAAACCUGUAUAUGAGCUAGGAAAGCUCUUAGAAAACUUAGUUUUUUCUUCUUAAAUAUGAAAAUUUUGGCCAUUUUAUGCUCACAAUGACGGUGCCAAGAUGUAAAUUUUCAGAGUUGGAGAUCACUUUGAGUUACUUACGCCCCUUUAAAAGGAGUCGAGUCUUUGCAUGCCAAAAAUUAAAAUUGUCUAAUCCCUACAUCUUUGUAACCUGGUGAAGUAGACCUUAGGCAUUUCAAACGUAGAUUAUUUGAUCAAACAGAAUUCAUAGUUUGAAAUAUCUAAGGUCAAAAGGACAAUGGGUUGCAAAGAUAUAAGGAUCAGAACAUAAGAGGUUGUGGCAAAGACUUCAAGGCCUAAUUGUAUUUUAUCGUAAGUAUUAUUGAACUUAAAUGCAUAAAAAUCAUGAUAGAUGGAUAGAUAGUAAUCACACAUGUGCAUUGCAAAAACUGCAAUAAAAAUGUAACUUGUU